AUGCCUUCUUCUGCUAUGACACAGAUCACUCACUCCGAAUGGGCCUCGUCCGACGCCUACUCGGCGAGCGCCGGCGCCGGCGUGCGCGCGGACACGUCCCACCACGCGGCCUUCAAGCGGCUGCCCUUCAACUUCUGCGCCCUGAGCCUGCAGCCCUUCACGACGCCCGUCUGCACGGCCGAGGGCAUCAUCUUUGAUCACGAGAACAUCCUGCGCUGGCUGCUGAAACAUGACACGAACCCGACGGACGGGAAGCCCCUGAAACAGCAGGACCUCAUCAAGCUGCACUUUGCGAAGAACGAUGCGGGCGAGUACGUCGACCCCGUCACGUUCAAGGUCUUCACGGACAACACGCACAUCGUGGCCAUCCGCCAUGGCGAUGAGGCGAAUGUGUUCGCGUAUGACACGGUCGAGCGACUCAACAUCAAACCCAAGAUGUGGCGCGACUUGGUCUCGGACGAGGAGUUCUCCCGGAAGGACAUCAUUACACUACAGGAUCCGCAGAACGUCGAGUCGCGCAACCUCACCUCGUUCAAGUACUUGAAGGACGGGGAGGACACGGGGAUCCCGAAAGAGGAGGCAUCCAUCAAUACCGCCAGCCUGGGCAGUGCCGCGGAUUUGAAGAUUAUGAAAGCGAAAGAGGCGGUCGCGAAGGCCAGGGCCGAGCGAGCAAAUGCUGUCUCGCAAAAUGGCAAAUCGUCGUCGACGUCCAUGUCGGCCAACUCAGUCAAAAAGACAAGCUCAGUAUCCCAGUCAUCCAAACCCGUCCCUUAUAAUGCGACCCGCCACACCACCGGACAAGCAGCCGCCUCGUUCACCUCGACCGGCCUCACGCCGCAUACGUCCAACGCCCUCGCCACGAUGACGGACGAAGAGUACAUCCUGAAACCCCGACGCGUCAAACACAAGGGCUACGUCCGGCUGUCCACCACGCUCGGGCCUCUGACGCUCGAACUCAACCCGGAAUACGCGCCCAAGGCGGUGUGGAACUUCAUCAAGCUGGCGCGCAAGGGGUACUACAACGGCGUCAUCUUCCACCGCAAUAUCCGCAACUUCAUGAUCCAGUCGGGCGACCCCACGGGCACCGGCCGGGGCGGGACGAGCAUCUGGGGCAAGAACUUCAACGACGAGCUCGAGGGCCCGCUGAAGCACGACCGGCGGGGAGUGCUGAGCAUGGCGAACAAGGGCAAGAACACCAACAGCUCGCAGUUCUUCAUCACCUAUCGCCCGGCCAGCCACCUGGACCACAAACACACCAUCUUCGGCCGAGUAGCGGAAGACGACGAGGACGGAGGCGCCACCUCGCUGGAGACGCUCAAGCGGCUCGAGAACGCGCCCGUCGAUAGCACCGACCGGCCCAAGGACGAGAUCCGGAUUGUCGAGGCGACCGUGCUGAUCGACCCGUUUGAGGAGUUCUGGAAGCAGAAGAACCAGGCGGAGCGGACUGAGAAGGAGAAGUCGGAACGAAAAGCUGCCGCUGCUGACGAGGGAAGUCUCGACGUGGACGAGGACCGCACCACCUGGACGGGCAAGAGAUUACGGAACGACGGCACCGUGGAGUCGGGUGGUGGGACGGCGCAGGUGGGCAAAUAUCUCAAGGCCUCGCGCCCGCAUGAGGACGAGGACGAGAUUGUCGAGUUCGUCGACGACGAGCCUGCAGAACCAGUGCGGAAAAAGGCAAAAGGGGGAGGGGGAGGGUUUGGAAACUUUGAUUCCUGGUGA